UCUCCAUACAUGGGCAGUGCUUACAACCCGGAAGUGUGUCGUCAGCGCACAUGACCGGAACUCGAUCAUAUGAUCAGUGUUUUCAAAGAAAACUUGUAUCCAUUCACCCCGUUGUGGCUGAGAUCCUGCGUUUUAUUACUAGUCUUAAGGUUUGCAGUGACCUGUUAUCAGUGAGAAGUCAUGAGACUUGUGAUUCUGGACGACUAUGAUCUGGCCAGCGAAUGGGCUGCAAAGUACAUCCGCAACCGGAUCAUCCAGUUCAAACCCAGUGCUGACCGCUACUUCACUUUAGGACUUCCAACAGGUAGCACACCCCUCGGCUGCUAUAGGAAGCUGAUCGAAUAUCACAAGAAUGGAGACCUGUCCUUUAAAUACGUGAAGACUUUUAACAUGGACGAGUAUGUGGGUCUGCCCAGGGAUCAUCCCGAGAGCUAUCACUCCUACAUGUGGAAUAACUUCUUUAAGCACAUUGACAUCGAACCCCAGAACACCCAUAUACUGGAUGGGAAUGCCAGCAACCUGCAGACCGAGUGUGAAGCCUUUGAGCAGAAAAUUACUGCGGCUGGUGGAAUUGAGCUGUUUGUGGGAGGCAUUGGUCCAGACGGGCACAUCGCCUUUAAUGAGCCCGGCUCCAGUCUUGUGUCCAGGACCAGAGUGAAGACCCUGGCCAAGGACACGAUAGUAGCCAAUGCUCGAUUCUUUGGGAAUGAUCUUUCCAAAGUGCCCACCAUGACUCUGACUGUUGGAGUAGGAACAGUGAUGGAUGCCAGAGAGGUCAUGAUUCUGAUCACAGGGGCUCAUAAGGCCUUUGCCCUAUAUAAAGCCAUCGAGGAGGGUGUGAACCACAUGUGGACGGUAUCUGCCUUCCAGCAGCACCCACGAACCAUUUUUGUUUGCGAUGAAGAUGCAACGCUGGAGCUCAGGGUCAAAACUGUGAAGUAUUUUAAAGGGCUGAUGCACGUCCACAAUCAGCUAGUUGAGCCGAUGCUCAGCGUGAAGGACUACAUGGACUGAACGUUCGAGACGGGACGUCUCGAAAAGCAGCAGAAAAACCGGAAUGACAUCAGUGUGAAUGAGUGGAAACUGGCCUCAGGGACCACAGCAGUUCUGAAUGGUUAUAAAGUGUUUAGAGGUCUCCGUCAGCAUAACAGUCUUUAUAAUUCACUUUUAACCUUCUUUAAGGCCAGUAUUAACAGGAAAAGGCAAUGUUUUAGGGAAACUGUACUAAGCACUCUUACUUUAACUUUUUCAGCUAAUAUUUACUAUUAUAGAUAACACUAUCACACUCCUUCACAUCAUUAAUGAAAAAGUCAUCUGUUACAACCCAUUAUGAGAAAGCGAACAUGUCAGUUUCAGGCAUGUGUUUUCACUGAUGGUCAGUCUUUCAAUAACACGCUAUAACUCACAGCUACUUAAAGUUGACUUGAAUGUGGAAUUUUACUCCAAGGCAACUUAUUGAAAGUGUUCUUGGGAAUAUUUUUGUUUAGAUGUUACAAAAAUACACUCUAAAGUCUUUUCCCUUAAUUCUCCAAAUUUCGGAUCUCUCCCUUUACAUAUGAAACCUUGAGGAUUUAUGGUACCCACAAUCAUUUGUAGUGUCAAAAUAGGAGUUAACAGGCAGUGGAAGCUGAUCUGUGAUCAGAAUUUCCCAAAUACAUGUAAUUUUAUACAGUUUCAACUAUGUUUUCUUGCCUUUGAAUGAAUCCAGGUUACUUGCAGUAUGUAAAAACAAUGGAAAAUGCUAGAGAAGUGUUUCAUGUUUGCUUAUUCAUAUAUUAAAAAGGCUUUUAUUAGCAUAUCUGAGUAGAGAGGUAAUCUAAUUUUACACGUGAUGUGUAGUACUCAUGUAUUCUCUUUAGUUACUGUUCUUUGUGAUAAAGUCUGUUUCAUUUCUUAAAAAUAUAAAGCACAAGGUUCACAUUUUACUUGUAUUGUAAAAGAAACUAUCAUUUCAUUGCUUUCUGAGUUUAUGCUGAGCUUUUGUUUUUGGUGUUUCUAAACCUCCUGUACUGUACUUUAGUGAAUGUUUUUGCAAGGAGAGUAUACAUUUUUAUGGAUUUACGAAUUUGUUAAUUUUAUGUGAACUGACUGUUAACAGAUUUGCACUCCAAAAACCAAAUCAUCCUCUUUGUCUUUCUGUACUUUCAUGAAUGGAUAAAUAAAAAGUUUCAUUUA